UCCCCAUAGUCCUCCUCACAUAUCACUUUGUUAUAUAAUAACCACCAUAACCAUUUCUUCUCCUCACAAUCUUUACAAUAAUAUCUCUCUUCCAAACAAAAAUGGCAAUGAAUGGUUCAUUAAAGAUGGCUGCAACCGCUCUUCUCCUAGUCCUGGCCAUUGUCCCAGCCGCGCUCGCUGUGACGCACACGGUCGGAGACGCUUCUCAAUGGGCCAGUGGUGUGGACUACGCAGAUUGGGUUAAAGGAAAGACUUUCAGGGUUGGUGACACUCUAGAGUUCAAGUAUGGUGCCUCACACUCGGUGGAUGUGGUUGACAAAGCCGGAUAUGAUGGCUGCGACGGCUCCUCCGCGUCUGAGAAACAUUCCGACGGAGACACCGAUAUUGAACUCAAGACAGUUGGACCAAAAUACUUCAUCUGCCCUACACCUGGUCACUGUCAAGCUGGCAUGAAGCUAGAAGUUACUGUUGUAGCCGCCUCUUCCGGAACUCCAAGCGCCCCUACGCCGCCGUCUUCAACUCCGGCCACUCCUUCAACCCCAGACUCACCACCGGCUGCUGGAACUCCGGGCACACCCACACCGGCUUCAGGGUCUACUUCUCCUCCUCCACCGGCAGGUGGUGCCUCUAAGGGAAUGAUGAGCUACGUUUUGGUCGGAGUGUCGAUGGUGUUGGGUUAUGGUUUGUGGAUGUAGAGAGCCAGGGUGGAGUCAGUGCUUUUGCUUUUGAUCUAUUUGGUUUUGGUUUCGACUUUGUUAAGAGAAUUUGGGUGUGUUUGCCACGUCAUCAGCUCGUAUCAUUAGGAUUAUAUUAUUUGGCAUUAUCACAUUCACUUUUUUUUUCCUUGUUGUAAUAAAUUAUUCUUAUUUUCCAUUUUCCUUUUCCGUCCGUGUGGAACCACUCCAUCAUUCGUUAUCAUAUGUUCUCUCUUCUCCA